CAGGCAGAGACUCUAGAGCUCCUCAUCGGUUUCGUGAUAUAAAACUCCGGAUUUGUGAUUAUGGCUGAUACGCUUGAUUCCCGACCUCAUACAUUUUCGAUUAAACUGUGGCCACCGAGUUUACCUACAAGAAAAGCUCUCAUUGAGCGCAUUACCAACAACCUUUCUUCUAAGACCAUUUUUACUGACAAGUACGGGAGCUUAACCAAAGAGCAGGCUAUGGAGAAUGCCAAGAGGAUCGAGGACAUUGCCUUUUCCAUUGCUAACCAACAGUUUGAGAGGGAACCUGAUGGUGAUGGCGGUUCUGCUGUACAGCUUUAUGCUAAAGAAUGCAGUAAGCUUAUCUUGGAAGUUCUCAAGAAAGGUCCUGUUGCUAAGGUUGCCACUAGAGAAUUGAUUUCUGAGGAUUCUGCGUCUCCCCUUGAAACUUUUUUCGAUAUUUCUAAAGGCCAACGGGCUUUCAUUGAGGCUGAGGAGGCUGAGGAGCUUCUCAAACCUUUGAAGGCACCUGGCAAUGCUUACACUAAGAUAUGCUUUAGCAAUAGGAGUUUUGGCUUAGGAGCUGCUCGUGUCGCCGAGCCUAUCUUGGUGUCUCUGAAAGAUCAGCUUAAGGAAGUUGACUUGUCCGACUUUGUUGCUGGACGUCCCGAGGUUGAAGCUCUUGAGGUUAUGAAUAUAUUUUCUGACGCACUGCAAGGUAGUAUUCUCUCAUCUCUCAACUUAUCUGAGAAUGCAUUGGGUGAGAAGGGUGUUAGAGCAUUUGGGGCACUCUUAAAAUCUCUGAGCUCUUUGGAAGAGCUGUAUUUGAUGAAUGAUGGUAUCUCUAAGGAAGCUGCACAAGCGGUCUCCGAGUUGAUUCCUUCAACAGAGAAUUUGAGGGUCCUUCAUUUUCAUAAUAACAUGACGGGAGAUGAAGGGGCACUCGCAAUUGCAGAGGUUGUCAAGCGUUCGCCACUGCUGGAGAAUUUCCGGUGUUCUUCCACAAGAGUCGGCUCAGAAGGGGGAAUCGCCUUGUCAGAAGCACUUGAGCAUUGUACUCAUAUGGAGAAACUUGAUCUGCGGGAUAAUAUGUUUGGCACAGAAGCCGGAGUUUCUCUGAGCAAAACUUUUUCAAGCUUCAAACACUUGACUGAGCUUUACUUGAGUUAUCUAAAUCUAGAGGAUGAAGGUGCCAUAGCCAUAGUAAACGCUCUAAAGGAGUCUGCUUCACCCAUUGAAGUUCUAGAGAUGGCAGGAAAUGACAUAACAGUUGAAGCUGCUUCAGCUAUCGCAGCCUGUGUAGCAGCAAAACAAGAUCUGAACAAGUUGAAUUUGUCUGAGAAUGAGCUGAAAGAUGAGGGAUGUGUCCAGAUUGCAAAGAGUAUGGAGGAGGAUCAUUCGAAAUUGCAAUACAUCGAUAUGAGCACGAAUUACGUAAGAAGAGCCGGAGCACGGGCCUUGGCUCAUGUUGUUGUGAAGAAGGAAGCUUUCAAGCUGUUGAACAUCGACGGGAACAUCAUAUCGGAAGAAGGCAUUGAAGAAUUGAAAGAGAUAUUCAAGAAAUCUCCAGAGUUACUUGGAGCUUUGGACGAGAAUGAUCCUGAUGGAGAAGAAGAUGAUGAUGAGGAAGACGAAGAAGAGGAAGAGAACGAAGGUAACGGGAAUGGUGAGCUGGAAUCGAAGCUGAAGAACCUUGAAGUUAAUCAGGAAGAUUAAGUCCUUUUGAUGUUGGUACUUUUCAAUGUUUUUGUUUGUUUUGUACCAGUAUUACUUUAGCUGCUGCUAAAAAGAUCAAAACAUAUUGAGACUUUGGUAAUUUUUUGCCGAUAGCUUCUAUUAGUCUUUUUGUUAAAUUCGAUUUGCUUUGGUACCGUUUUGGUUUAGAUACAAUUUUUAAACAAAUUUUGUUAACUUGA